AUGGGCGAAGAUUGGUGUGGGCGUUCGGGCCUUGCAGGCCAAAGGCGCCAUGCGCCAGCGACUGAUGUUGGGUUCGAAGUGGCACCUAGGGGCCACUACAUAUUUUACUUCCUGCAGUUUGUCAUUGCGGAAACCUCCGCCAAGCUACAAUCCGCGAACUCCAAGCUGGAGGAGAAGGAGAAACAGACCGCCGACCAUGAAUCAGAAAGGCAGACCCUGCAGAACGACAUCCUUAAACUGCGCGAAGACUACAACCAGCUGAACCAGGAGAAGGAUAAACAUCUGCGUGAGGCUGAUGAACUGCGCAAGUCCCUGGAUGCGAUGAUGCAGGAGAAGCAGCGAUUAGAGCGUACCAAGGCCAGUCUGACAGAAAAUACCAACACUCUGGAGGCAGACCUCAACCAGGCAGUGGCUAUUAAACAGGAGCUGAUGGACAAGAAGGAGAGUCUGCUGUCUGAGCUGCGCGAGGCACGGCGCGACACGGAGCGGAACGCGCGAGAGACGGAGCGCUGUAAGAAGUGCAUCAGUUCGCUGGAGGAACGGCUGGCCACCUGCAAGGAGGAGCUCGCGGGUGCUAACGAGUCCCUUCGGCUGUUCCAUAUGGAGGUGGAGUCCUCGAGGGCAGAACGGGAGGAGUUGAUGAAGGCGGCAGAGAAGUCAGCUCACGAUCUAAUGGAGGCGCAAGCAGAGAUUAAUAGGACAGAAGAACUGAUUUCCAAACGCUCUGAACUUGUCGGUCAGUUGAAGGCGCUGGAGGCCGAACUCUCUGGACUGUUGGAGGACAGGCACAAUCUUGAGAAGGAUCGCGAUGGCUUCCGCAGAGAAGUCAUCAGACUGCAGUCAGAGAAGAAUGACCUACAGGGCGAGAGGACAGCCCUCAAGCGUGCUCUGGAAAUGAGCGAAAAGACGCGGGAAGCCACAGAAACCGAGUUGAGUCAGCUUUCCAAAGCCAAUCUCGGUCUCACCGAACAGGCAAGCUUUUGUUCCACUUUAACAUUG